GGCGUUGGCCAUCGUGUAGAGAUGGCAUAUUGUGGGUCGAGCUCAGACUUCUCAGAAUUCUACUAUACUACUAAACGAGAAAAAAUAUAUGCUGUAAAUUUAGUAGAGUUUUGUUUUUCUGACGUAAACAUCGAAGGAAUGGCCGAGUUGUUUUCUGGCAUUGCAUUAUUUUCUUCUUGUGAAAAUCUAAAGAAUUAUCUAAGUUUUCAUUUACAGUUCGUUAAUAUUUAAGAAAGAUAAAACAUUUUAAAGGAGAUCGGUUCGUGUGGGUUUUGGUGACAAUUGAACCAUGUUUCUUUGCGAAGGCGUUACAGAGCACAGUUCAUUGCCUUAUGUAAAACUUGAAAUGGUGUUUCUUCCGUGAGUAACUAAAAUAUACGGUGACUUAUGUGUAGUGUUAUUAUUGAAGACGAGCGCUAGUUAGAAAAGUGUAAAAUGUCUAACUCAACGGCGCAAGUGUUGAUGAAGAAAGGUAAACGUGGUGCAGCUGCCUACAUACACGCGGACUGCGCCAGCGGUUCUCCGCAGCAUUUGGGUCCAUUGCUGGACGUGCUGCUGAAUCCUAGCAAAGCUAUAGACGAGUGGGAGACAGUGGAUUGGUGCCGUUGGCUCAUAGCCGGUGGCAGGACACCUGACGAGUUCGCGACAAUCGUGCGGAGCUAUGACAAACACGACAAAUGCGGUCUGGUGUGGAUACCGCGCGUGGUGGCGUACCGGUGUCGCACGUGCGGCAUCUCGCCGUGCAUGUCCAUAUGCCGCGAGUGCUUCCACCGCGGCGACCACUCCACGCACGACUUCAACAUGUUCCUGUCGCAGGCCGGCGGCGCCUGCGACUGCGGCGACAAGUCCGUCAUGAAGGAGGACGGGUUCUGCAGCAACCACGGCAACAAAUGUCCUCGGCCUGGCACCGCGCCGGCGGAGCUGAUGUGCGUCGCCGAGGCCAUGAUGCCGCGCCUCAUCCUGCGUCUGCUGCAGCACUUCCGGGAAAACAGUGACAACAUGAGCGCCGGGUCGGGGGCGCAGUCCAAGUCGGACGGGUACCGGAUCGCGGUGCACGACUGCGAGUUCUACGUCCAGAUGCUGAUGGAGUUCAACAACAUGGGCGACCUUAUGCGCUCCGCCAUGACCAAGGCGCUGAUCAACCCACAGAUGUACCGCAACUUGGUGGAGCCACCGUUCCCAGAGACAGAGUACGGGUGUUACAUGGCGGAAUCCAACAAGAUGUACGAAGAGGCCAUCGAGAAUUUCCCUGCGCCGGAACCGCCUGACGAAUACCGCCAUUUGCCAGCGCUCGCGCCGCGGCUGCAGCACAACACUUUGCUCGACGAGUUCAUAUUCUGGACGUUCAAAUACGAGUUCCCGCAAAACGUGGUCUGUUUCCUGCUGAACAUGCUGCCAGACCAAGACUAUAAGGAGCACUUGACGCGCACAUUCGUGCUGCACUACGCACGCAUUCCUCUGGUGCUGGAGGCGGCGGCCGACCCCGACACGCUGUCCAACCGCGUGGUGCACAUGUCGGUGCAGCUGUUCUCCAACGAGGCGCUCGCGCUGCGCUGCGUGCAGCACCUGCACCUGCUGCACGUCAUGGUGCUCAGCCUGCGCCUCAUGAUGGGCAAGAUCCUGGUGCAGAACACACUUCACGAGCCCGAGCAGAACUUCCACUACGUGAUCGACUGCACCCGUCGCGUGAUGAAGGAGCACUGCUACUGGCCACUAGUGUCGGACUUCAACAACGUGCUGUCCCACCGCAGCGUGGCGCUGCUGUUCCUGCAGGACGACGCCUUGGUGGAUAUGUGGUUCGAGUUCCUGUCCAUGCUGCAGGGCAUGAACGUAAACGUGCGCGAAACAGGCGGGCACAUCGAGUUCGAGCCGUCCUCCUACUACGCGGCGUUCUCCUGCGAGUUGGAAGCGGCCGCCUACCCCAUGUGGUCGGUGCUGAGUCACCUGGCCGACGCCUCCCACGCGCCCCUGGCCCGCCGCAUCAUCGCCGCCGCCCUCACCUACCUGCAGGAGUGGCUCGACGCCGUACACUUCACCGCCCCGCACAUGCCCCGGACGGAGGUGAUGCACGCGUCGUUCCACUUCCCCCUGCACCGGUACUUGGCUGCGUUCUUGUGUGCGGCCGUCCGCUCGAUGGGUGUGCGCGCCGCUGACGUGUUACCGCCGCCCGAUCUACUCGCUUUACUCGCCGUGCACCCUCUGCGAGUGCAGAGCCUAUUCUACGAGAUCUUGGCGGGCGUGUGGGUGCGCAACGGGCUGCAGAUCAAGGGGCAGGCGAUGACCUACAUCCAGGCCAACUUCUGCAACUCCAUGGUGGACAUGGACAUCUACUGGCUGCAGAUCUGCGCCGCGCACCUGCCCGCCGACCAGUUCAUCGAUAUGUGUAUUGAUAUGUUCGGUGUCCGCGAAUGGCUGAGCAUGCUGCCCAUGACUCCCGCGCAGGCCGCUGAGCAGGACGCCAUGGUGGAGGGGCUUCUCACCUUCCUUGCCAUACUUGUCUCUUCGCGAACCAACCUUGGUAAUGAUGAACUGACUCAGUCCCGAUUGGAAGUCAGCACGCUACUCGCUGCGGGUGACAAAACGCACUCGCAACUGUUGGAACUCAUGCCCGAGCGGUCUGGCAACGCGCACACCAGGAACUUCGAGACCGUGCUCAAGGAGGUGUCCACGUAUCGGCCUCCACCUAAGGGCUCGGAGAACCUGGAGCAAGGGUUGUUCGUGCCUAAGCCCAUAGUGUGGGAGCAUUACUACGACCCGCUGCACGUUCUGCGCCGCGCCGUGCAUCGCAGGGACUUCCAUUCGUCGAUGGAGAGGUUCUCCGCAUACGUUCGCGAGAAGCACAAGUCGUCAUCGGCACAGUCGCCUACACAGACGGCUUCCCCUCAGCCGGGCGGUCCGGGUGUUCCGGGCGGUCCGGGCGUACCGGGCGGUCCGGGCGUACCGGGCGGUCCGACUGCCCCUACUACAGGCGCGCUGUGGCCGCCGCUGCGGCUGCCUGCGCCUGCGCCUCCCGCCGCUGGAGACCCGCGCACGCUGUGUGCCUCGGGCGUCCUACACGGCGCUCUACUAUGCGUGCUGCACCGGGGCGUACAUCGACGCACGGGUGGCGGCGGGCCCACGAGCGGCGGCGUGAGCGGGGGCGGGCCUUUGGGCGGGGCGGAGGCGGGCGCGGCGCCGCAUGCUCCGCCCGACCACGUGCUGGCGCUCGCUGUGUAUCUGCUGCGGGUCUGCGCGCUGCUGGAGGCCGAGCGGAGACCUACGCACCCGGGUGACGUGUGCAUAGCGGGUAGCGAGAGUGGAACUCGCGUCCGUGGCGUGCCGCUACUGGGAGCGUUCCCGGGCGCCGCAGUCUGCGACAACGCCAGGACUAUAGUGACCAGCGUGCCGCCCCGCCCGCCCCGCGCCGCGCCCGCCCCCGCGCCCGCCCCCGCCCCCUACCACGCAGACAGUGACACAGAAUGGGAGCCCUCAGAACCAGAGACAACAAGACUGCCUUCAUUGACAAAAUCUGUUUCUCUACCAGCCACCAGCACAGCGCUGGCGGUGCCAUCACCUUUGCAGAUGGUGCGAAGAGAAGACUCUGUACCAGAUGACCAAUCAGACACGGGAGGUGAGACUCCGCAGAUGAGAGCUUUGGAGGACGUGACAGACCGCCAGGCGCUGGCGCUGCCUCCCCUGGACACCAUGAUGAUGGACGCGGAGCGUCAGCUCACGCUGGCCAUCGCAGAACCGGACACUCCAUCCACACACAUAGACGAGCCGUCAGACUGGUGCGUUGUGGCGAGGCGGCCGGGACCGCAGCCUUCUACAAGCGCACAGGUCCAGGUGCACAACCAACAGCCGGGCGACGAGUCGAUACCCGUCAACGAGUCGAUAAUAUCGCUGCUGAUGAAGCUGCACUCGCAGCUGUCCGGCAAACUCGACUCCUUCUCGCUGGAGGAGACGCCGCCCGAGAAUGACGAACCUAUAGGCGACGGGCCAUACUUCAUCGGGCAAGUGUUGCGCGCGCUGGCGCAGCUGGACGCGCGGUGCGGCGCCGCCAUACAGCACGUGCGGCACACGCUGUGGCCCAACCAGCGCGAGCGGCAGGCCGAGCAGCGGGCCAGGGAGCGUCGCGAAAAAGAGGAGCGUUCGCGCCGCGCUCGCGAGCGCCAAGCGGCCGUGAUGCGAGAAUUCGCUCGCCGGCAGCAGCAAUUCAUGACUCACCUGCGAGCCAACGCUGACCACAUGGAGUGGGACGACUGCCUCGCGCCCGAGCGGCACUACGACUGCGUCAUCUGCAACACCACCGCGCCCGCCACGCACCACGACCCCAUCGGGCUCGUGGCGCUGCUGCAGUCGACGUCGGUGCUGGGCCACAGGCGGCGCGCGGGCAGCGGUGACGCCCGCCUGGCGCUGUCAGAGUCGGAGCGGGCGCGCCUCACCGCGCAGCACGACACCGCCGCGGCCGCGCACCACUACCGCCUGCACGACGACCUGCACGCGCACUUCGACCAGGAGUCGUGGCUGCUGAGCGUGAACGUGGGCUGGGAGGGCGGCGUGCACGUGCAGUCGUGCGGGCACCACCUGCACCUGCGCUGCCUGCAGCUGUACCUGCGCUCCCUCGCCGCCCCGCAGCGGCCGCACAACCUGCACGUGGACCGCGGCGAGUUCCUGUGCCCCGUGUGCCGCCAGCUGGCCAACACCGUGCUGCCGCGCCCUCCGCGCCUGCCCCCCUCCCCCGUCUCCCCUGCCGCCUCCCCCGCCGCGCCCCUCGCUGACCUGCGCCGCCUGCGCGGCGACCCCGCCCCGCCACCGCAGAGUCCAACUCGCCUAUCAGAAGCGAUGGGCAAAGCAAUGGAAGACAUGAGCGCGAUGGCGGGCACCAAGCUCCGGCAGCGAUACGGCACCUCACCCGCAGCUAUAUUCACGUUUGUGGCGUCGCUAGUACGCACCAAUCUAGAGUGCGAACUGGUGCAACGGGGUGGAACACUCGUGUCGCAGCCACCGCCGAGAUAUAAGCCACGCAAUGAUUGUAUAGUUCCUUUGAUGGUCGUCGCCGGCACGCACGUGCGCGCGCUAGAAGCGGCCGGCGCAGACUUCGGCGUGGCCGACAUGUGGACGAUGCUAGUGCCGCGCGAUGACGACGCGGGCCCGGGGGGCAGCGGGGGAGGGGGGCCGCCCGUGCCCGCGCCCGCGCCCUCCGCCCGCCCCGUGCCGCUGCUGCUGCGCGACCCCGCCGCCCUGCUGCUGCAGCUGCUGCUGCUGGCGCCCGCGCACCCGCCGCACCUGGAGCCGCGUACGUGCCGCCCCGACACACACACACACACACACACACCACACACACACACACGCGCCCGCGCCCCCGCCCGCCCCGUGCCGCUGCUGCUGCGCGACCCCGCCGCCCUGCUGCUGCAGCUGCUGCUGCUGGCGCCCGCGCACCCGCCGCACCUGGAGCCGCGUACGUGCCGCCCCGACACACACACACACACACACACACACACACACACACACACACACACACACGCGCCCGCGCCCUCCGCCCGCCCCGUGCCGCUGCUGCUGCGCGACCCCGCCGCCCUGCUGCUGCAGCUGCUGCUGCUGGCGCCCGCGCACCCGCCGCACCUGGAGCCGCGUACGUGCCGCCCCGACACACACACACACACACACACACACACACACACACACGCGCCCGCGCCCUCCGCCCGCCCCGUGCCGCUGCUGCUGCGCGCCCCCGCCGCCCUGCUGCUGCAGCUGCUGCUGCUGGCGCCCGCGCACCCGCCGCACCUGGAGCCGCGUACGUGCCGCCCCCACACACACACACACACACACACACACACACACACACACACACACACACACGCGCCCGCGCCCUCCGCCCGCCCCGUGCCGCUGCUGCUGCGCGACCCCGCCGCCCUGCUGCUGCAGCUGCUGCUGCUGGCGCCCGCGCACCCGCCGCACCUGGAGCCGCGUACGUGCCGCCCCGACCACACACACACACACACACACACACACACACACACACGCGCCCGCGCCCUCCGCCCGCCCCGUGCCGCUGCUGCUGCGCGACCCCCCGCCCUGCUGCUGCAGCUGCUGCUGCUGGCGCCCGCGCACCCGCCGCACCUGGAGCCGCGUACGUGCCGCCCCGACACACACACACACACACACACACACACACACACACACACACACACACACGCGCCCGCGCCCUCCGCCCGCCCCGUGCCGCUGCUGCUGCGCGACCCCCCCCGCCCUGCUCAGGCAGCUGCUGCUGCUGGCGCCCGCGCACCCGCCGCACCUGGAGCCGCGUACGUGCCGCCCCGACACACACACACACACACACACACACACACACACACACGCGCCCGCGCCCUCCGCCCGCCCCGUGCCGCUGCUGCUGCGCGACCCCGCCGCCCUGCUGCUGCAGCUGCUGCUGCUGGCGCCCGCGCACCCGCCGCACCUGGAGCCGCGUACGUGCCGCCCCGACACACACACACACACACACACACACACACACACACACACACACACACGCGCCCGCGCCCUCCGCCCGCCCCGUGCCGCUGCUGCUGCGCGACCCCGCCGCCCUGCUGCUGCAGCUGCUGCUGCUGGCGCCCGCGCACCCGCCGCACCUGGAGCCGCGUACGUGCCGCCCCGACACACACACACACACACACACACACACACACACACACGCGCCCGCGCCCUCCGCCCGCCCCGUGCCGCUGCUGCUGCGCGACCCCGCCGCCCUGCUGCUGCAGCUGCUGCUGCUGGCGCCCGCGCACCCGCCGCACCUGGAGCCGCGUACGUGCCGCCCCGACACACACACACACACACACACACACACACACACCACACACACACACGCGCCCGCGCCCUCCGCCCGCCCCGUGCCGCUGCUGCUGCGCGACCCCGCCGCCCUGCUGCUGCAGCUGCUGCUGCUGGCGCCCGCGCACCCCGCCGCACCUGGAGCCGCGUACGUGCCGCCCCGACACACACACACACACACACACACACACACACACACACACACACACACACGCGCCCGCGCCCUCCGCCCGCCCCGUGCCGCUGCUGCUGCGCGACCCCGCCGCCCUGCUGCUGCAGCUGCUGCUGCUGGCGCCCGCGCACCCGCCGCACCUGGAGCCGCGUACGUGCCGCCCCGACACACACACACACACACACACACACACACACACACACACACACACACACGCGCCCGCGCCCUCCGCCCGCCCCGUGCCGCUGCUGCUGCGCGACCCCGCCGCCCUGCUGCUGCAGCUGCUGCUGCUGGCGCCCGCGCACCCGUCGCACCUGGAGCCGCGUACGUGCCGCCCCGACACACACACACACACACACACACACACACACACACACACACACACGCGCCCGCGCCCUCCGCCCGCCCCGUGCCGCUGCUGCUGCGCGACCCCGCCGCCCUGCUGCUGCAGCUGCUGCUGCUGGCGCCCGCGCACCCGCCGCACCUGGAGCCGCGUACGUGCCGCCCCGACACACACACACACACACACACACACACACACACACACGCGCCCGCGCCCUCCGCCCGCCCCGUGCCGCUGCUGCUGCGCGACCCCGCCGCCCUGCUGCUGCAGCUGCUGCUGCUGGCGCCCGCGCACCCGCCGCACCUGGAGCCGCGUACGUGCCGCCCCGACACACACACACACACACACACACACACACACACACACACACACACACACACGCGCCCGCGCCCUCCGCCCGCCCCGUGCCGCUGCUGCUGCGCGACCCCGCCGCCCUGCUGCUGCAGCUGCUGCUGCUGGCGCCCGCGCACCCGUCGCACCUGGAGCCGCGUACGUGCCGCCCCGACACACACACACACACACACACACACACACACACACACACACACACACGCGCCCGCGCCCUCCGCCCGCCCCGUGCCGCUGCUGCUGCGCGACCCCGCCGCCCUGCUGCUGCAGCUGCUGCUGCUGGCGCCCGCGCACCCGUCGCACCUGGAGCCGCGUACGUGCCGCCCCGACACACACACACACACACACACACACACACACACACACACACACACGCGCCCGCGCCCUCCGCCCGCCCCGUGCCGCUGCUGCUGCGCGACCCCGCCGCCCUGCUGCUGCAGCUGCUGCUGCUGGCGCCCGCGCACCCGCCGCACCUGGAGCCGCGUACGUGCCGCCCCGACACACACACACACACACACACACACACACACACACACACGCGCCCGCGCCCUCCGCCCCCCCGUGCCGCUGCUGCUGCGCGACCCCGCCGCCCUGCUGCUGCAGCUGCUGCUGCUGGCGCCCGCGCACCCGCACCUGGAGCCGCGUACGUGCCGCCCCGACACACACACACACACACACACACACACACACACACACACACACACACACACCGCCCGCGCCCUCCGCCCGCCCCGUGCCGCUGCUGCUGCGCGACCCCGCCGCCCUGCUGCUGCAGCUGCUGCUGCUGGCGCCCGCGCACCCGUCGCACCUGGAGCCGCGUACGUGCCGCGCACCCGUCGCACCUGGAGCCGCGUACGUGCCGCCCCGACACACACACACACACACACACACACACACACACACACACACACGCGCCCGCGCCCUCCGCCCGCCCCGUGCCGCUGCUGCGGCGCGACCCCACCGCCUGACUGCUGCAGCUGCUGCUGCUGGCGCCCGCGCACCCGCCGCACCUGGAGCCGCGUACGUGCCGCCCCGACACACACACACACACACACACACACACACACACACACACACACACGCGCCCGCGCCCUCCGCCCGCCCCGUGCCGCUGCUGCUGCGCGCCCCCCGCCGCCGCUGCCGCUGCAGCUGCUGCGGCUGGCGCCCGCGCACCCGCCGCCCCUCGAGCCGCGUACGUGCCGCCCCGACACACACACACACACACACACACACACACACACACACACACACGCCCGCGCCCUCCGCCCGCCCCGUGCCGCUGCUGCUGCGCGACCCCGCCGCCCUGCUGCUGCAGCUGCUGCUGCUGGCGCCCGCGCACCCGUCGCACCUGGAGCCGCGUACGUGCCGCCCCGACACACACACACACACACACACACACACACACACACACACACACACACACACGCGCCCGCGCCCUCCGCCCGCCCUGCUGCUGCAGCUGCUGCUGCUGGCGCCCGCGCACCCGUCGCACCUGGAGCCGCGUACGUGCCGCCCCGACACACACACACACACACACACACACACACACACACACACACACACACACGCGCCCGCGCCCUCCGCCCGCCCCGUGCCGCUGCUGCUGCGCGACCCCGCCGCCCUGCUGCUGCAGCUGCUGCUGCUGGCGCCCGCGCACCCGCCGCACCUGGAGCCGCGUACGUGCCGCCCCGACACACACACACACACACACACACACACACACACACACACACACACACACACGCGCCCGCGCCCUCCGCCCGCCCCGUGCCGCUGCUGCUGCGCGACCCCGCCGCCCUGCUGCUGCAGCUGCUGCUGCUGGCGCCCGCGCACCCCCGCACCUGGAGCCGCGUACGUGCCGCCCCGACACACACACACACACACACACACACACACACACACACACACACACACACGCGCCCGCGCCCUCCGCCCGCCCCGUGCCGCUGCUGCUGCGCGACCCCGCCGCCCUGCUGCUGCAGCUGCUGCUGCUGGCGCCCGCGCACCCGCGCACCUGGAGCCGCGUACGUGCCGCCCCGACACACACACACACACACACACACACACACACACACACACACACACACACCCCACGCCGCGCCCGUGCCCUGCCGCCGCCGCGGCGAGCCGCCGCGCGCCGCGCCCACUGCCAGGUGCCGCCGCGGCCCCCGCACCCCGCCCCGCCGAACACACACACACACACACACACACACACACACACACACACACACACACACACACGCGCCCGCGCCCUCCGCCCGCCCCGUGCCGCUGCUGCUGCGCGACCCCGCCGCCCUGCUGCUGCAGCUGCUGCUGCUGGCGCCCGCGCACCCGCCGCACCUGGAGCCGCGUACGUGCCGCCCCGACACACACACACACACACACACACACACACACACACACACACACACACACACACACGCGCCCGCGCCCUCCGCCCGCCCCGUGCCGCUGCUGCUGCGCGACCCCGCCGCCCUGCUGCUGCAGCUGCUGCUGCUGGCGCCCGCGCCACCCGCCGCACCUGGAGCCGCGUACGUGCCGCCCCGACACACACACACACACACACACACACACACACACACACACACACACACACGCGCCCGCGCCCUCCGCCCGCCCCGUGCCGCUGCUGCUGCGCGACCCCGCCGCCCUGCUGCUGCAGCUGCUGCUGCUGGCGCCCGCGCACCCGCCGCACCUGGAGCCGCGUACGUGCCGCCCCGACACACACACACACACACACACACACACACACACACACACACACACACACACACACACACACACACACACACACACACACACACGCGCCCGCGCCCUCCGCCCGCCCCGUGCCGCUGCUGCUGCGCGACCCCGCCGCCCUGCUGCUGCAGCUGCUGCUGCUGGCGCCCGCGCACCCGCCGCACCUGGAGCCGCGUACGUGCCGCCCCGACACACACACACACACACACACACACACACACACACACACACACACACACACACGCGCCCGCGCCCUCCGCCCGCCCCGUGCCGCUGCUGCUGCGCGACCCCGCCGCCCUGCUGCUGCAGCUGCUGCUGCUGGCGCCCGCGCACCCGCUGCACCUGGAGCCGCGUACGUGCCGCCCCGACACACACAUACUAUAGCUUAUAA